CUACCAGUCACCAAUCCGCUACAUAUCCUUCUUGUGCUAUCAUCUCAAGACUCAACGCCCGCCGAGCCGUUCUUCCACCUGCUCGCGCGACCACCUUUGCUUUUUUUUUGCACAACCUUUAAGUGACGAUCACUCUACUUGGUGGUUUACCUGUUUCCUGUGUUCAACAUCUUGCCCGUGCGAGAGUCUUGUUCAAGCGUUGACUUUACCGAUUGCUCGACCCAGCAAGCCAGGAAGCGUCGGGCAGCCUCUUCUCACACAUCGGCAGCAUGCCGACUCAGCAUCGUGACUACUAUGAAACGCUGGGCGUUGCACGCGGCGCCAACGAUGACGAAAUCAAAAAGGCCUAUCGCAAAUUGGCUCUCAAGUACCAUCCAGACCGCAACCAGAGUGCCGAUGCCAACGAGCGGUUUCAAGAAAUUUCAGCAGCCUUUGCCGUGUUAAGCGACAAGGAAAAGCGGCAAAUCUACGACCAGUAUGGCGAAGCCGGCUUGCAGGGCAACGUUCCCACCGGUCCUGGUGGUGCAGCCGGCGGCCCGGGUGGUGCCACCUUCCACUUUGACCAAUCUCAAGCUGAGGACAUUUUCCGCCAGUUCUUUGGCGGUAUGGGCGGCUUUGGCGGCUUUGGCGGCGCAGGCAUGCCUGGUGGUUUUGGUCGCGGCCGUGCACCAUCGCGCCCACGCGAACAGCCCCACGCCAUUGUCGAACGCCCCCUGCCCGUGAGCUUGGAGGAGCUCGCGGCAGGCUUCAGCAAGAAACUCAAGGUGACCAAGCGCAUUCAAGAUUCCACCACCGGCGCCAUUAAGACUGUAUCUAACGUGCUCGAGGUCAACGGCCGUCCAGGUUGGAAGGCCGGUACCAAGGUGACCUUCCCCAGUGCGGGUGACGAACUCAACGACCAACCAGCCCAGGAUAUUUGCUUUGUGAUCCAGGAGAAGCCCCAUCAGACCUUCCGACGUGAUGGUGACGACUUGCUUGUGACCGUCCGAAUCCCUUUGGUUGAUGCGCUGUGCGGCUCCACUGUGCAAAUUCCUCUGCUCAACGGCACGCGCAUGCCGCUGCAGCUACCGACCAUCAACCCCGGCACCGUCAAGGUACUGCCCAACCAGGGUAUGCCCAAGAAGGAUGGCUCACGAGGGGCGCUCAAGGUUCACUUUGACGUGGUCUUCCCCAAGAACCUGGACGAUGUACAAAAACAAGGUCUCCGCAACUUCCUGCCUCGCAGCACAUAG